CCGCCCGCGUCAUCUGAUGCUGUUUCCUGCAGGAGGGAGAAGAGCGGAAAAAAGUGAAACUCCACCCUCCACCUCUGCCUCCCGCCCCCGGGGCCAAAGUACAAAGGGAGGAGGAAGAAGGGAACGGGGUUGGAGCCAUCGGGCUGAGGGAGCCGGGCUGGGAAGCAGCAGCUCGGCCCAACUAGGGACACUCCAGCCACCCCCUGCGCAAAAAAGACCCAGCGGAGUCCAGGCACUGCCCCCUUGCUGGCCCUACCUUGCCCUUGGCGAGUGCCGGAGCCAACCUUCCAGGACUGCUCUGGGACUGAGGGACGUUUGGGGCCCUCCAAGCUGGCCAUGGUGAGACGUCGGAGGCCCUGGGGUCCCACCCCCAGAGCCUGACCACACUGCCCUGGGUGGCCCUCUAGAAGCCCGAGAUGCGGGGGGCCGGGAGUCAAUACUCCUGGCUCCCCAGAGAGGUUUGGGUCUGGGGCUGAGGGCCGGGGCCCGGAUGCCCAGGUUCCGGGACUAGGGCCUCGGCAGCCAGCAGGGGUGGGGACCAGGGGCACCCAGGGAAGGAACCCCGCUUGCCCCAAUAUCGGCUCCCAGCCAUGGAGCCCUUGAAGAACCUCUUUCUCAAGAGCCCGCUGGGGUCAUGGAACGGCAGUGGCAGUGGGGGCGGUGGGGGCAGCGGGGGAGGCUGGCCAGAGGGGUCCCCGAAGACAGCAGCUUAUGCCAACCCUGUGUGGACAGCCCUGUUUGACUACGAGCCCAAUGGGCAGGACGAACUGGCCCUGAGGAAGGGCGACCGGGUGGAGGUGCUGUCCCGGGAUGCAGCUAUCUCAGGCGAUGAGGGCUGGUGGGCGGGCCAGGUGGGCGGCCAGGUGGGCAUCUUUCCAUCCAACUAUGUGUCUCGGGGCGGUGGCCCGCCCCCCUGCGAGGUGGCCAGCUUCCAAGAGCUGCGGCUGGAGGAGGUGAUCGGCAUCGGUGGCUUCGGCAAGGUCUACCGCGGCAGCUGGCGAGGUGAGCUGGUGGCUGUGAAGGCAGCUCGCCAGGACCCCGAUGAGGACAUCAGUGUGACAGCUGAGAGCGUGCGCCAGGAGGCCCGGCUUUUCGCCAUGCUGGCACACCCCAACAUCAUUGCCCUCAAGGCCGUGUGCCUGGAGGAGCCCAACCUGUGCUUGGUGAUGGAGUACGCGGCCGGGGGCCCCCUGAGCCGUGCCCUGGCUGGGAGGCGUGUGCCCCCCCACGUGCUGGUCAACUGGGCUGUGCAAAUUGCCCGUGGGAUGCACUACCUGCACUGUGAGGCCCUGGUGCCCGUCAUCCACCGAGACCUCAAGUCCAACAACAUUCUGCUGCUGCAGCCCAUUGAAGGCGAUGACAUGGACCACAAGACCUUGAAGAUCACUGACUUCGGCCUGGCCCGGGAGUGGCACAAAACCACACAAAUGAGUGCUGCGGGCACGUACGCCUGGAUGGCUCCUGAGGUUAUCAAGGCCUCCACCUUCUCCAAGGGCAGCGAUGUCUGGAGUUUUGGGGUGCUGCUGUGGGAGUUGCUGACUGGGGAGGUGCCCUAUCGUGGCAUCGACUGCCUUGCUGUAGCCUACGGAGUAGCCGUCAACAAGCUCACGCUGCCCAUCCCGUCCACCUGCCCUGAGCCCUUCGCACAGCUCAUGGCAGACUGCUGGGCGCAGGACCCCCACCGCAGGCCCGACUUUGCCUCCAUCCUGCAGCAGCUGGAGGCGCUAGAGGCGCAAGUCCUGCGGGAAAUGCCCCGGGACUCCUUCCAUUCCAUGCAGGAAGGCUGGAAGCGAGAGAUCCAAGGCCUCUUCGACGAGCUGCGGGCCAAGGAAAAGGAACUUCUGAGCCGCGAGGAGGAGCUGACCCGCGCGGCGCGUGAGCAGCGGUCACAGGCGGAGCAGCUGCGGCGGCGCGAGCACCUGCUGGCUCAGUGGGAGCUGGAGGUGUUCGAGCGCGAGCUAACGCUGCUGCUGCAGCAGGUGGACCGCGAGCGGCCGCACGUUCGCCGCCGCCGCGGCACCUUCAAGCGCAGCAAGCUCCGAGCGCGGGACGGCGGCGAGCGCAUCAGCAUGCCCCUAGACUUCAAACACCGCAUCACUGUGCAGGCCUCACCUGGCCUGGAUCGGAGGAGAAACGUCUUCGAGGUCGGAGCUGGGGAUUCGCCCACCUUCCCCCGGUUCCGAGCGAUCCAGUUGGAGCCUGCAGAGCCAGGCCAAGCAUGGGGCCGCCAGUCCCCCCGACGUCUGGAGGACUCAAGCAAUGGAGAGCGGCGAGCAUGCUGGGCCUGGGGUCCCAGUUCCCCCAAGCCUGGGGAAGCCCAGAAUGGGAGGAGAAGGUCCCGCUUGGACGAAGCCGCGUGGUACCUGGAUUCAGAUGACUCGUCCUCCUUGGGAUCUCCUUCCACACCCCCAAUGCUCAAUGGUAACCCCCCGCGGCCGAGCCCGGAGCCCGAGGAGCCUCGGCGGCCAGGCCCGGCGGAGCGCGGCAGCGGCUCGGGGACGCCCAAGCUGAGCGCGCUGCACACCACGUCCCCCGCCGAGCCGCCCCCCUCCCAGCUCAUCCGCUUCUCCCCCAAGACCCCCGACGCCCCCGCCUCCCCGUUGAGCCCGGAUGCCCCCGGCCCGCCCACCCCUGCGCCCCUGCUGCUGGAGCUGGGGGUCCCCGUGGGCCAGCUGUCAGCCAAGAGCCCCCGGCGCGAGGAGGAGAGGCGUGGAAGUACUGUCUCACCCCCACCAGGGAUAUCACGCUCUGCUCCUGGCACCCCUGGCACCCCGCGCUCACCGCCCCUGGGCCUCAUCAGCCGACCCAGGCCCUCGCCCCUUCGCAGCCGCAUCGACCCGUGGAGCUUCGUGUCAGCCGGGCCACGGCCUUCGCCUUUGUCCUCUCCACAGCCUGCGCCCCGAAGGGCACCCUGGACCUUGUUCCCAGACUCGGACCCCUUCUGGGACUCUCCACCUGCCAACCCCUUCCGGGGGGGCCCUCAGGACUGCAGGGCACAGACCAAAGACAUAGGUGCCCAGGCCCCGUGGGCGCCAGAGGCAGGGCCCUGAGUGGGCCGGGCUGCUCUCCCGCGCCCCAGCUGCCCUAGAAGAGCCACAGUAUACACUGGAACAGGAGCCGCGCCAGCCUCUGUAGCUGCCUCGGUUUCCCCAAGGGACCCUACCCCCUUUGGGGGUCAGGAACACUACACUGCACAGGAAGCCUUCACACUGGAUGGGGGGCCUACACCCCCCACACACCUGCAACCUGUGGGUCCCCCAACUUACCUGCCCCAUUGGGGCCCAACACUGUACCCAGGUGGUUGGGAGGACCAGAGCCUGUCUCAGGGAAUUGCCCCCAGGGGUGGUGCAGGAAGGAGGGGAAGUGCAGGGGAGAGGGGCCAGCCUCAGCUGUCACCAGCACUUUUGACCAAGCCCUACCACUGUGGCCCCUGCCAGGGCUUGAUGCCUGGACCCCCCCACCCCGGGGGUCAUCUGGGGCCAGGACUCUCUGGUGCCUUCCUGCUGCCCUGGCCAGGGUUGGGGCCUCGGCCUCGGGAUCCAAUGAAGCCAAAUAAACUCCCCAAGCUGCCCCCCAA